AUGGGCCGUGUCGAAGUGGGGAGUGCAUUGUUGGGCCUGGUGGUGCUGCACCUGGUGCUGCGUGCGCUGCGUACGUCGUCAAAGCGCAACAAGAAGAUUGCUCCGAAGCAUGAGCGUGUCGUGAUCCUCGGCGCGUCGACCGACGACGGCCUCGGCGCCGCGUUCCUGCAGCAGUACCUCGAGCGGGGUACGCGCCAAGUCGUGAUUGUCGGCCGCCGCCUAGGCGCGCUCGAAGAGGUGCGUGCCAAGGUCCUCGAGCGCACCGCCGGAAAGCGCGCCGAGUCUGCCGAGGUGCAUGUGUUUGCCGCCGACUGUACCAAGUCCAGCGACGUGAUUGCCCUGCGCGACUUUGUCCAGACGACGCUCCACGGCUUCGACACGCUCCAGGUGGUGUUUGGCGUGACGUCGAUCAUGCCGGUGCUUGGCCUGGCGAACGUCGACCCGAAGGGCGUCAAUGCGAACGGCGAGGCGUCGACCCGCGUCGACCCGACCGUCGACGGCCUCGAUGCGAUCGCCAACACGGUGCAGCACUCGUGCGACGGCAAUGUCAAGGGCACGGCGAUCGUCCUGGGCGCGCUGAUCCCGGUCCUGCAGACGACGUCGAUCGACCCGGUGGUCGUCGGCACCGGCUCCGUCGCCGGCCUCAUUCCGGCGCCGACGCGCGCCGUGUACUGUGCGACCAAGGCCGCGCAGCACUUUUUGCUCGAGAGCGUCGCGCUGGAAUGCGAUUCGCAGGCAGGCACGCCGGUUCCGGGCACCGACAAGCGCCGCGCCCUCGUGCGCUUCCUGCUUAUCGCCCCGGGUCCGAUCAAGAACUCGUUCGUGAAGACGUACUCGGUCGACUCGACGACGGGGCCGCGCGACAACCGCGACAAGGCGCUGGACGUGAACGACGUUGUGCGCGCGACGCUCCAGCGCGUCGAUGCGAAUGGCACCGGGAUCAUGGUCCUGCCGCCGGCCGCCUUUGUGGCCGCGAUGCUCUCCAAGUUUAAUCUGACCCGCGGCGUGAUUGCGAAGGAGGCACACAAGCUGUAUCACUAUUAG